CACCUUUAACACUUCUGUCGUCAUUAAAUAUUUCGCCUAUUAAACCCUCCUCAUUGUACAAUAAUCUGUAAUAAAAUAUGAUAAUAUGAUACCAAAGUUAUUUAAAUAUUAUUGUUAAUUCUUACACAGUGGUGGAUAUUGAAGAUGAGGGUGAUGGUAAAGAUGUGGUGCCUGAGACGGAGGAGAGAGUGACAGACGAGAGGCGACGAUGGCGGACGGUGGAGUCGAGGAAGCUAUCCAGGCACCCAUCCUGGACAAUGUGACGGAGGCGGCGACCAACGGCACAGGCAAGGUGCCCUCCACACCCGAGGGGAUGGCCCUGGCCUACGGCAGCCUGGUGGUCAUGGCUCUCAUCCCAAUCUUCUGCGGCGCCUUCAGAUCUGUGAAGCAUCAACAGCAGCAGAAGGCAUCUGGAGAGAAGGUGGACACGAUGACUUCAAAAGAUGCAGCCAUGUUCCCAAUUAUUGCCUCGUGUGCACUCUUCGGCCUGUACAUUGUCUUCACGGUUUUCUCCAAGGAAUACAUCAAUCUGCUCCUUUCAUCAUACUUCUUCGUCUUGGGGGUACUCGCCCUGUCUCACGUGUUUGGCCCAGUUAUCUCCGGCCUCGUGCCAGCAUCGGUACCCUUUGAGACAUACCACCUGCACUUAAUGAAAGGCGAUAAGGACAAAAAAGACUACAUCAUAAAUUAUGGCUUCUCGUCAUACGACCUGGUGUGCAUGGGGGUGUGUGCUCUGCUGGGGGUCUGGUACUUGUUGAAGAAGCACUGGAUAGCAAACAACCUUCUGGGUCUUGCCUUUGCCAUCAACGGCGUGGAGCUCCUACACCUGAACAACAUCCAAACGGGGGCAUUACUCCUCGUUGGUCUCUUCGUGUAUGACGUCUUCUGGGUGUUUGGAACCAACGUGAUGGUCACCGUCGCCAAGUCCUUCGAAGCUCCCAUCAAACUGGUGUUCCCCCAGGACCUCUUGGAGAAGGGAAUGGAGGCCGACAACUUUGCCAUGCUGGGGCUGGGCGACAUAGUCAUCCCAGGCAUCUUUAUUGCCCUUCUGCUCCGCUUUGAUCAUAGCUUAAACCGAGGAUCCAACACCUACUUCAAGGUUACGUUUGCUGCCUACUUUGCUGGACUCAUGAUGACAAUCUUCAUUAUGCAUGUGUUCAAGCACGCCCAGCCAGCCCUUCUCUACUUAGUGCCAGCUUGUCUGUCUGCACCAGUUCUUUUGGCACUCAUGAAGGGUGACUUUAAGGAACUAUUACAGUACGAGGAUCACCCUAGUAUAGAUGAGAAGGAGGAGGGCGAGACAACACAAGAUAAAAAGUCAGCAAAGAAGGACAAGUGAGAAUAUGGGGACGGAAACCAAGGCAACCAACGGUGCGUCUGUGUGAGUGCGAGUGAGUGCGUUCCUCCCCGACCCGUAUGUGCCCUCGCCACUGUCCAUCGGUGACAGGGACGAGGAUUAUUAUACCUGGCAUGAGAGACCAUUUGUAGGUUUUGCUGCCAAAUGUUUAUUUUUUUAUAAGUAGGUUUCUGCCUAGUGAAGUAAUCAUAUUUUUUUUCUUCAUUUUUAUAAGUAGAUUUCUGCCCUGUAUACAGAAAUUUCCCAUCUUUGUGUAUAGAAGUUAAGCAUUGCAGACAAUUUUGUUAAAAGAAUAAUGCAGCAUUACUGUAUGUACUGUGUUUUGUUAUCGACGAGAUUUUCAUAGUGUACGUUUCAUGGCACAGUGUCGUGUAGUCCGACUGUUGGCCGUGUUCUUUACUGGAGGAGGUUAACCGAUUCUAUUGCCAGCCUUUUAUAAAAAAAGUGUUUAAUAACAGACAAGAUCUGAUUCGUUCAAGGAGAGAAGCAAUGCUGAAUGAUAAUUUAUCUCCUUUUGUCUUUGGGUAAAGUCACCGUUGAAAGUGACCCUUAAAUUAGAUAUAUUUUUGUAUUCUGAGUUUUUAUGUACCCAGUGAAUACAUCCUCCAUCACACAUUUUUUUAUCAUAGGUUUCUUACAUAUGUUUCAGGAAGUGUACUGUACUUAGUUAUGUUUACCUUUGUCGCUGCUCUCGGUAAUUGUGACUUCUUAUGAGGUUUUUUUUUAUACCUUAGUUAUGGUGUUGAUUGUAUUGAUGUUGCAUCUUUAUAAGUGAGUGACCAUGCUCCUGUACUGUGUGGGUGACCAUGCUCCUGUACUACAUGAAUGACAAUGCUCCUGUACUACAUGAGUGACCAUGCUCCUGUACGACAUGAGUGACCAUGCUCCUGUACCACAUGAGUGACCAUGCUCCUGUACUACAUGAGUGACCAUGCUCCUGUACUCGGUGAGUGACCAUGCUCCUGUACUCAGUGAGUGACUGUGCACCUGUACUCAGUGAGUGAUUGUACUCCUGUACUCAGUGAGUGACUGUACUCCUGUACUUAGUGAGUGACUGUACUCAGUGUACAAUACAAUACUUGAAAAAGAUUGAAUGAGAGAAACAUACACUUGAAGGCCAGAACGACACACAGGGACCUGGUGUGAACCAUACUGAAAUAACUUAAAUUAAUUUGAUUUAUUCAGGUAAAUUUCAGCUUUCCAUUUGUAAAGUACUUUAUAUAAGCUCAUAAUCUUUUAUUAGAUUAUAUAAAAAUGACUGCAAAUUUGGACCAAUAAAACUUGAAAUGGAAAUUUCCUUUGUUCAAAACAAAUACAGGUACAUUAUAAUAUAGUUAUUUCAUUCAUUUGAAGAUAAAUGAAGAAAAACAAGUUUAAGCCCCCAAAAAAUUAUAUUUAAAAUCUUGUAAUUUGAAGUGUUAAUGAUAUAUUAGUGUGAUAGUUGUAAGACUCGUGCGGUUACUGAGUGUACAGACUAGUUUGUGCUUUUAUGAAAGGAUUAGAAAAAACACAUCAAGUUGAGAUUCAGGAGUUACUUGUGAUGAAGGUCUUGCAAAUUGUUGUAUGAUUAAUGUAUAAUAUCAUAAUUAUUCUGAUGAGUUGAGUUUAGCUCUUCACCAUUAUGUCAAGGAACUAUUGUCAUUUAAAUCAUUAAUGAUGAGAAUUGUGUUAAUUUAUUAUUCAUCCUGGUUUAGAACUGGCAGUAUUAUAUUACAAGGAUUUGCAUACUUUUUGUUUUAACAUGUCCAGUGUAUUGUCUGUAAGAGUGAAAAUAAUGUAGUUAUACAUUUUGAAUUACUGUACAAGACUUCAUUAUAUUACAUGAAACAAAACAGGUGAUGUAAUGCUUUUAAACACCACCAGUGAGAGAGCAUUGAAAUUGUUUCUUGAGUCCACACAUGAAUGUAGGCAUAAGUAAAGUGGUACAGUAUUUGUGAUCUCUGGUGUUAUGUUGUAACUGGGAGGGAAAGUAACACAACUUGCAUAGUAUGUCUGAAGUUAGUGGCUUUUAUUUCAUCUUUUCAUUCAACAAGCAUUUCAGUACAUUAUGGUUUGUUUAUUGCCAGUACUGUACUGAGCACCAGCUAGAGGCAGGCUCAUGGUUGUACUGUACUGUAAUUAAUAGCUGAACAACUACCAUUCAUUUAUCAUGCUGGAUGUACAGUAUAGUAAUCAUUCACAGAAAUAACUGUUUUUUUAUUCAAUGCAGCCAAUUUGUAUAUACACUACUACUGUAAUUGUUUUGAGUGGAGGAUGAGGUGAAGGCUGGUGAAUGAGGUUGUAUGGUAAGUGAGUGAGCUGACGGCUGCCAUCAGGUAGGUGUAAGUGUAAAAGCAUACACGUAAAAGGUCAAGAAGAAACAUAAAA